ACAUCAAAUUUAUUAUCAAGUGUCAAGUCGCACUCUUCCAUUACAAUAAUAGAAAUACGUGUUAGUAAACAUAAGCUCCAAAUGCCAUUAUGUUCGGUGAUUUCAGAAAGAAAUUAAAUUCCGUCAUACAGGAGGGUCGCGAAAAUUUAUCGAACACGUACAUACGAACAACGUCAUUAAAUGAAAGUUCUAGCAGACAAUCGGUGGACACUUCACCACUAUCGAAUCCGUUGCUAAACAUAAACUUUGAAGCAGGAUGUAAAUAUUUAGAAUUGCGUGAAAGUCAAUGGAAAGAAAUUCAUCAAAUGAAUGAGGACAAUGCUGCACUGGCUGAUGGAAUCGAUGAAAAUAUCAAAGCCAUGAAGGACACUUCCACCCGAGUGUUGACGGAAGUGAAUGAUUUUAAUAUAAUGCUAACAUCACUACCAACGGUCAGCCAAACGCUCAGACUCUGCGCCGAAAUGGCUGCAGAGCUGGGUAAAAAUUGUAAAAAAGUAGAAAAAGAGUUGGUGGUAUUGGAAGACAUACAGGACAGACUGGACUUAGAAGCUGCUAAGCGAAAACAUCACCUGGAAAUGGCUGUGUACAAGGAGAAGAAAUUAGUUGAAUUGGAGAAGGUGCGACAGAAACUGUUAGAUGUACACGUAAACAAUGUCCAGGACUACGAAAAGAAACUCGGUGAAAUUCAGAAGGAGAGACAGGCAGUGUUCCAAGAUGCCUUCCAGAAUGACUUAGAAGACUACAAAACACUGGGCAAAAUUCCAAAAGUGGAAAGUAUUAAACCCCGACCGGAACUGACGUUAGAAGAAAUUUCGCUGGAUAAUCGAGACACUGAGGCCUUAGAUAAUUUCCUAAACAACUGAAUUGCACACAAAAUGUAAUUUGUCGGUGCUGUGAAAAUUCAAGUAAUUAUAAAGAACUGAAGCAAUUUAUUAUCGUCGAGGCCUUAUCGCAUCUUUAUUGCAGCUGGUGUAAGUAUACCACAGCUAAAAA